GCGGAGUCUGCAAAGCAAUUUGCCACUCUACAUCAGAAAAAGUGGACAGAGUCCAUUUCUGCUGCCGCAUUGGGAACACUUCAACAAGCCAAAUGGAAUAAACCACAGGUUUUACCCUUUACAGAGGAUGUGUCGGUGCUGCACAAGUUUCUUGCUGCUGAGCGUGUUAAGCGCAUGAAGGACCUUGAGGAAGAACCCAACAGCAAAAGCUUUGGAAAUCUUGCUAAAGUGACUUUGACGCAGGUAGUACUAUUUAACAGAAGGCGGGAAGGUGAAGUUUCAAAAAUGGAGCUUCAGACUUUCACAUCCAGGGAUCGUACAGAGCUGAAUCCAGACAUUGUGAGGGGCCUUACCGACUUCGAGAAGAAGCUUGCAGAGCACUUUGAGAGAGUUGAGAUUCGUGGUAAAAGGUCAAGAAAGGUUCCAGUGCUUCUAACCCCCGACAUGAUCGCUGCUAUGGACCUCCUAAUGAAAAGCAGGAAAGAGUGUCAAGUCCACAAAGAAAAUGUGUACAUGUUUGCACGGCCAGGUGUCCUUUCCCAUUACAGAGGCUCUGACUGCUUUCGUAAGUAUGCAAAGCAAUGUGGUGCAAAGAACCCAGAGGCUCUCACCUCAACAAGAUUGCGGAAACAAGUGGCCACUUUGUCCACACUACUAAAUCUCAAAGAAAAUGAAAUGGAUCAACUUGCCACCUUUCUAGGACACGACAUCCGUGUCCAUAGAGAAUUCUAUCGGCUUCCAGAGAGUACCCUUCAGCUCGCAAAAGUCAGCAAACUCCUGAUAUCACUCGAAAAAGGAAGACUGCCUUACCUGCAGGGGAAAGGGCUGGAUGACAUUGAGGUCAAUCCUGAAGAUGAAGUAGAAAUGAGUGAUGAUUCCAGCGAAGAAAACGUUGCUGACCUACAUCAAUGCAAAGGCUCAAUAACUGAGACUGCUAGCGACCAGACACUUCUGAGGCACACUCCUGAGUCAACCAGCCUGGACAACAUGGAGGGCAUUUCCGAGUCAACCACCCUGGACAACAUGGAGGGUACUUCCGAGUCAACCACCCUGGACAAUAUGGAGGGCACAUCUGAGUCAAUCACCCUGGACAACAUGGAGGGCACUUCCGAGUCAACCAGCCUGGACAACAUGGAGGGCACUCCUGAAUCAACCACCUUGGAUGACGUAAACAUGAGUCACAAAAUAGUCACAUCCCAAGCUUCUUCAAAGGGCUCCAAAAGAAAGCAAGCUGUGAAGGUGAGAAGCAAGUGGACCGGUGAGGAAGUGAAGGCUGUUGAGCGCCAUUUGCUUAACUUCAUUACAAGCUGCAGAAUACCUGGCAAAAAGGACUGUGACUCCUGCCUCCAGGCAGAGCCAGUAGCUCUGAAAGACCGAGACUGGGUUGCCAUCAAGUACUACGUACACAACAGAAACGUAGCAUUAAAAAGGAAGAUGACUAGGUAGAUCCAUUCCAAUUGAUCUUGUUUUUUGCUUGUAUUUUUUUUGCUGGCACUCAAUAAAAGUAAGCAAUGCAAAAAGUGUUCCGCCUUUUUUUAUUACGUGAAUAUUUGCUACGAAUUUUUAUAUAUUGUCACAAAUAACAAUAAUACGACUUAAACAGUAGACUGAGAAUAUAUUAUAUUUAAGAGCUAUGUGAACAUGGAUAAUCCUUUCUGUUGAAGGUUACCCGGGCUGUCUGGGGUUUUGACAUUUCUACAUAUAUAACCGGACCCCAGUUAAAAUACAGAUCCUAUUUUGUGUAUUCUAGGGUCUUUAUAAUUCACAUUAACCUGAAAAUAGAGUGUGUGUGUGUGGGCUGGUUGCUAUGGGCCUUAUAAGUCACAUAAACCUGAAAAUAGAGUUUGUGUGUGUAUGGGCUGGUUGCUAUGGGCCUUAUAAGUCACAUAAACCCGAAAAGGUCCUCAUAUGUAGCAUUAAAAUCAGGUCUGAACAAAAAUAUAGCCCUAGCCUAAAUCUGAAUAGAUGGUUGCAUUCCUAGAAUCAAGGAAUGGAAAUAUUCUGAUUCCCAGGUCUCGUGGACCUUGGGAAAGGCAUGUCCCAAUUUGUCACGUUUUUUUCAUAAGUCCUGAUAUAGUCUAUAAACGCGUAUGUGUGUGUGUG